AUGGACAUCUCAAAGCCGGUCGGGUCGGAAAUCACUUCGGUGGAUUUCGGCGUAAUGACCGCACUGGACAUUAGAAAUGUGUCUGCCAUGCAGAUCACUAACCCUACUGUUCUCGACAAUUUGGGCCAUCCGAUCUCCGGAGGUUUGUACGACCUAGCCCUGGGCGCCUUUUUGCGCAACCUAUGUGCCACCUGUGGCCUGGACGAAAAGUUCUGUCCUGGCCAUCAAGGUCACAUCGAGCUGCCAGUUCCUUGUUACAACCCGUUAUUCUUCAGUCAGCUGUAUAUCUACCUCAGAAGUUCGUGUCUGUACUGUCACAAUUUCAGAUUGAAAUCUGCAGAAGUGCAUCGUUACGCUUGCAAGCUCAAACUCUUGCAGUAUGGACUCAUUGAUGAGUGCUACAUGGUUGAUGAAAUUCGCGUGGGUACACUGCAAAAUGCUGUAGACGAGGCCGAAGAAGACGAUAGCGAGGAGCAGCCAUCCAAGCAUCUCGACACAGCCUUGCUAAGAGAAUUGAAGGUCAAGCGCAGAGAAUUUGUUGAGCUCUGUAUAGGAGUUGCAAUUUCCGAAGGACGUACUAGUCACAAGGGUACUUUUACUGCCACUGUUAGCGACGAGAGAAAGAAACUGAUCCACGACUUUCACAAGAGACUGCUGUCCAGACCUAAGUGUGACAACUGUGGCAUGUUCUCGCCCAAAUUCAGAAAAGAUGGAUUCACCAAAAUUUUUGAAACCGCUUUGACCGAGAAGCAACAAACCAAUAACAGAGUUAAAGGUUUAAUUCGUGCUGACGCCAUCAAAAAACAGCAACAACGCCGCAAGCUGGCAGAAGAUCAAAACCAAACAUCUGAUGAUCAAAUGGAUGUAGACGAGGAAUUUGGCUACGGAAGAGAUGCUUCUUCCAGACCCAAAGCUGGAUCUACCUACAUUUUGUCCACAGAUGUCCGUAACACCUUGCGCAGCGUUUUCAAAAAAGAACAGGAGGUUUUACAGUACGUCUUCCAUUCAAGGCCCAACCUGGCUAAAAAACUGGUAAAGGCUGAUAUGUUUUUCCUAGAGGUUGUUAUCGUGCCCCCAACUCGCUUCCGUUUACCCUCCAAGCUUGGAGAGGAAAUUCACGAAAACACUCAAAACCAGCUCUUGUCCAAAAUGCUAACAACUUCUCUGCUCAUUAGAGAUUUGAACGACGAAAUGUCGAAACUUCAGAAAGACAAGGUCUCAGUUGAGGACAAAAAAGUAAUCUUCAAUAGGCUCAUGAACGCUUUUGUUACUAUCCAAAAUGAUGUUAACGCCUUCAUCGAUUCCACCAAAGCUCAAGGAGGUACUGGCGGGAAAGUUCCUAUUCCAGGUGUCAAGCAAGCCUUAGAGAAGAAAGAAGGUUUGUUCAGAAAACACAUGAUGGGAAAACGUGUCAAUUACGCUGCUAGAUCAGUUAUUUCUCCUGAUCCCAAUAUCGAAACUAACGAAAUUGGUGUACCACCGGUAUUUGCUACCAAGUUAACUUACCCAGAGCCCGUGACUUCUUAUAACAUAGCCGAACUUAGACAGGCUGUUAUUAAUGGUCCAGACAAAUGGCCAGGCGCUACUCAAAUUCAGAAUGAAGAUGGGUCUUUGGUCUCCUUAGUCGGAAUGACACUGGAACAGCGUAAGGCCCUUGCAAACCUUCUUUUGACUCCAUCUUCCCAUAGUUCCACCCACUCUCUGAACAAGAAAGUUUACCGCCACAUCAAAAACAGAGAUAUUGUUAUUAUGAAUCGUCAACCGACUCUACAUAAAGCUUCUAUGAUGGGUCACAAAGUCAGGGUUUUGCCCGGAGAAAAGACUUUGCGGCUGCACUACGCAAACACUGGUGCUUACAACGCUGAUUUUGAUGGUGAUGAAAUGAACAUGCAUUUUCCUCAAAACGAAAACGCAAGAGCCGAAGCGUUCAACCUCGCGAAUACUGAUUCUCAGUACCUAACUCCAACGUCGGGUGCUCCUGUAAGAGGUUUGAUUCAAGAUCACAUUUCAGCUGGUGUAUGGCUAACGAGCAAAGACAGCUUCUUCACUAGAGAAGAAUAUCAGCAAUAUAUCUACGGUUGCAUCCGCCCAGAAGACGGGCAUGCUACAAGAAAUAAGUUGGUAACCGUGCCUCCUGCAGUAAUGAAGCCUGUACCACUCUGGACUGGUAAGCAGAUAAUAACAACCGUCCUUCUCAAUGUUACCCCUGCUGAUAUGCCUGGCAUAAAUCUAUUCUCAUCUAACAAGAUCAAAAGCGACUAUUGGGGUAAGGGCUCCACCGAAAAUGACGUUGUGUUCAAGAACGGUGAACUGAUUUCUGGUAUUUUGGAUAAGUCUCAGUACGGUGCUUCCAAGUACGGUAUUGUACACUCGCUACACGAAGUGUAUGGUCCAGAUGUAUCGGCGAAAGUUUUAUCAGUACUGGGAAGACUUUUCACCAACUAUAUUACAGCUACUGCCUUCACUUGUGGUAUGGAUGAUCUUCGUUUAACAGACGAGGGAAAUAAAUGGAGAACUGACAUUUUGAAGACCUCUACUGAUGUUGGCCGUGCGGCAGCAGCAGAAGUCACGAACUUAGACGGCGAGGUUAGUGCAAGUGACCCCGAACUGUUGAAACGUUUAGAGGAGAUUUUAAGAGAUGACAACAAAUUGGGUAUUCUGGAUGCAGUUACUUCAUCCAAGGUAAACACCAUUACUUCCCAGGUUGUCUCCAAGUGUAUACCUGAUGGUACUAUGAAGAAGUUCCCAGAAAACUCUAUGCAAGCAAUGGCUCUGUCUGGUGCUAAAGGUUCCAACGUUAAUGUUUCUCAAAUUAUGUGUCUACUUGGACAACAAGCUUUGGAAGGUAGAAGAGUACCUGUCAUGGUUUCUGGUAAGACUUUACCGUCUUUCAAAGCAUUUGAUACUGAUGCCAUGGCUGGAGGUUACAUCAAAGGUCGUUUCUAUUCUGGUAUUAGACCUCAGGAAUAUUACUUCCAUUGUAUGGCUGGUCGUGAAGGUCUGAUUGAUACUGCCGUCAAAACAUCAAGGUCUGGUUAUUUGCAACGUUGUUUGACCAAGCAGCUCGAGGGUGUCCAUAUUUCAUACGACAACUCCGUGAGGGAUGCCGAUGGAACAUUGAUUCAGUUCUUGUACGGUGGUGAUGCAGUUGACGUCACUCAAGAAUCUCAUAUGACAGAAUUCAAGUUCUGUGCUGAGAAUUAUGAUGCUUUGCUGAAGAAAUACAAUCCAUCAGCUCUGAUAGAACAUCUUGACGUCGAAAGCGCUCUCAAGUAUUCCAAGAAGGCGCUCAAAAACAGAAAAAAGAAUGCUAAAAUCCCACAUUACUCCCAAAAGGUUAGAUACGAUCCUGUCGUUUCCAAGUUCAACCCAUCAAAAUACUUGGGGUCCGUCUCCGAAAAUUUCCAAGAUAAAUUAGAAGGUUACAUUGACUCCAACAGCGACUUUUUCAAGAGCGACGAUAAUGUGAAUGAGAAGAAAUUCCGUGCCUUAAUGCAACUAAAAUACAUGCGCUCUUUGAUCAACCCAGGUGAAGCUGUUGGUAUUAUUGCUUCUCAAUCUGUCGGUGAGCCUUCCACUCAAAUGACAUUGAACACAUUCCACUUUGCUGGUCAUGGUGCAGCUAAUGUGACAUUGGGUAUUCCACGUAUGAGAGAAAUUAUCAUGACAGCUUCUGCUGCCAUCAAAACUCCUCAAAUGACACUGCCUAUUUUGGCAGAUGUCACGGAUUCUCAAGCCGACACUUUCUGUAAAUCGAUUACCAAAGUUAUGCUUUCGGAAGCAGUGGAUAAGGUAGAAGUAACAGAAGCUACAGGCAGUUCUGAAGAGACUGCAAGUUCUCGCUCUUACUUCAUCAAUAUGAAAUUUUUCAGUAGCGACGAAUAUGGUGAGGAGUAUGACGUCUCUAAGGAAGAAUUGCAGGGAGUUGUUGCUGAAAAGUUUUUGAGAGCAUUAGAGGCAGCCAUUGUUAAAGAGAUCAAGAAACAAAAGAAAGCCGCGCCUUCAGAAAUUGGAGUUGCUAUUCCUAAAUCACAGUCGGCUAUAGCUUCCGGAGAAGGCGGAAAAAUAUCCGAUGAGGACAAUGACGAACAAGAAUCUCGCCAAAGAACGAAACAAGCGGUCUCCUACGAUGAACCUGACGACGACGAAGUGGAGACAAUGAGAGAGGCUGAAAGGUCUUCAGAUGAGGAACUGGAUUCUGAGAUGGAUUCUGAUACGUCAGAUUCUGACGCAGAAGACGAUAGCGAUGAGAAAGUUGCAACUGAAAAGGUGAAAAAUGGUUUGACCAAGUCACAGCGUGAUAGACAAUCUGCCAUCAUAUCGUCUCACAGAUUCAUCACUAAAUACAACUUCGAUGAUGAAGGUGGAGAAUGGUGCCAAUUCAACAUUGAGUUGGCUGCCGAUACUGAGAAACUACUGAUGGUCAACAUUGUUGAGGAUAUAUGUCGCAAAUCUGUCAUUAGAGAGGUCAAAAAUAUUGACCGUUGUGUUCACCCCGAACCUGAGAAUGGGAAACGUAUUUUGGUUACGGAAGGCGUAAACUUCCAGGAAAUGUGGGACCAAGAUGCGUUUGUUGAUGUGAACGGGAUAACCUCAAACGAUGUUGCUUCUGUUUUAAAAACUUAUGGUGUUGAAGCUGCAAGAAACACAAUCGUUAAUGAAAUCAACAACGUGUUUUCUCGUUAUGCAAUUUCGGUAUCCUUCCGUCAUUUGGAUUUGAUUGCCGACAUGAUGACAAGGCAAGGUUCCUAUCUCGCUUUUAAUAGACAGGGCAUGGAAACUUCAACAUCUUCUUUGAUGAAAAUGUCUUACGAAACAACUUGUCAAUUUUUGACGAAGGCCGUCCUGGACAAUGAUUCUGAACAACUAGAGAGUCCAUCGGCGAGAAUCGUCUUGGGUAAACUCAACAACGUCGGUACUGGCUCUUUCGAUGUUUUAGCCAAAGUUCCUGCAUCGCAUUAA